UAAUGUGGGGUUCAAUAUUACGUGCAUUUGUCGUGCGCCAAGCUCCAACGAGAAGUUUCCUUUCAUCAGGAUGUGUCCAAUAUUCUAAUCAACGGAUGGCCGUACCGCUGAGAAGUAAAAAACCGAAAUCAAGCAAACCCACGACACAAUACUUUGUUGACUCGCGACACGUUCGAACGGUGGGUGGAAACGGUGGCGACGGUUGCGUGUCCUUCCUUCGACUGUGGUGUAACGAAAACGCCGGCCCCGAUGGCGGGGAUGGUGGCAAUGGUGGACAUGUGAUACUGCAAGCGACACAGGACGUGAAGGAUUUCAACCACAUUACCGCGCUUCUCCGGGCGGACGAUGGAGCGAAGGGUGCUACAAAAGAUUGCCAUGGAAAGAACGCCAACCACACGGUGGUCAAGGUCCCGAUAGGAACCAUCGUGAAGAGCACACUCGGCAAGGUGGUCGGUGAUCUCGACGCCGAAGGAAUGAUGUUCGUGGCGGCACGGGGUGGCGCGGGAGGAAAAGGAAACCAAUUUUUCAAGAGCGACCUCGAACAGGCACCCCAGGUUGCGGAGUUUGGAGCCACCGGGGAAGAGACGGCGUAUACACUCGAACUGCGCAGCAUGGCUCACGUCGGUUUCAUCGGGUUACCGAACGCCGGGAAAAGCACUCUCCUUCGGGCUAUCAGUCGGGCCCGGCCGAAAGUGGCUCCUUAUCCAUUCACCACGCUGAAACCACACUUGGGAAUGGUACAAUACGAUGAUUACGAACAGAUUGCCGUUGCCGACCUACCCGGAUUGAUUGAAGGCUCGCAUAAGAACAAAGGUCUCGGUAUACAGUUCCUUAAGCACGCGGAACGAUGCAAUGCGCUUCUGUUCGUGAUCGAUGCGUCGACCGACGAACCGUGGACCCAUUAUCACACGUUACUGCACGAACUGGGCAUGUUUAGCGAAGAGUUGACCAUGAGGCCACGCAUUAUCAUCGCGAACAAAAUCGAUCUGCCGGAGGCGGAAAACAAUGUGGAAUUGUUGGCACACCAUGUGGACGUACCUGUGCUACCGGUAAGCGCGAAAAUAGGAACAAACAUUGCUGAGAUGUUGCAAGAGAUCAGGAUUAUCUAUGAAUCUAGUCGGGAACACGAAUCGCCUAAUAACACGAACGAGGAAGAACAAAAGCGGUAAAGUGAAACACAUUGUAGUUAUUGUUGAAAUAAAUGUAAAUUUUUAUUUAGCGAUCCA